UAUAUGUAGGAAUGAAUACAGUAUAUUCCAAGCUGUCGAAUGGUAUCAUCGAAAACUCUAGAGUCCAUCUUAAAAGUUUUCAUGUUACUUUUACAAGAAAAAUUUUAGAGUUUUAAUCUAUUGUUACGUCGUGCUAUUGCAGACAAAGUAUUAAAACUUGUAAGAAAUAGUGAACUCCACUAAUCUAGUGGAUUGUUCUUGAAACAGGAGUAAGAGAUGUCUCACACAAUAUUACUUGUACAACCUGGCAAUAGACCUAAAACAAGAACAUACUCUGAUUAUGAAAGUGUUAACGAAUGCAUGGAAGGGGUGUGUAAAAUUUAUGAGGAACAUUUAAAAAGGCGAAAUCCAAAUACACCAACCAUAACAUACGACAUCAGCCAACUGUUUGACUUCAUUGACCAACUUACAGAUUUAUCAUGUCUUGUUUAUCAAAAAUCUACAAACACAUAUGCUCCCUACAACAAGGACUGGAUUAAGGAAAAAAUAUAUGCUCUAUUACGUCGAGCUGCAGGACAUAGCGAAUAAUUAAUGGAUAAAAAAAUAGAUAUAUGCCUUUAUGUGUAAGAUAACUUAAGUUUAAGUAAAGAUCUAUAUUACCGUUUGUAAUAAUAAAUAUAU